AUGGAAAGAGAAGGAAGGGAGGGCAACUAUUCUCCUGUGGCUAUCAUCUAUGAAAAUUCUGCAAGGCAGUCUGCUGCAAUUUCCGACCUGCAGACCCACUUUUGCCGGCACGCGUUUGUAGCUUGGGUCUUUUUGCCCGCAGCUGUGUUUUGCAGUGAAGUCGUAGCACCAUCCUGGAGGGCUUCGUGUGAAAGAGGCUUCUCUAGCAUGAGUCUCCUGCUGCUGCUACUGGUGGAGCUCCAUCAUUAUUACAGCGAAAGUUGUGCAUAUUCUGCGCUGAAGUCUUUGUUAUCCCAGCCAGAGAUGGUUAUAAUGCGUCACUUUGGAGUGGUUCGACGGAGAAAGUACUUGCUUGCAAUUGGUAUUUGUGAAGCCUGUCUUCUGUUCACAGAUGUUACUUUUCCUUUCGUUGCAAGGGCAUGUGAUGAUAUUUUGACUGAGAAUUGGAAAACUGCUUGGAGAGACGUGCCGCUGGUUGGGGAACUUGCAGUCAAGAUGGUUGGUACUUUGCGAUUCUGGGGCUUUGCAUUGCUUUCUUCGGGUGCUGGCAUCCUCGUAAAUGGAGUGCUGGGGUUGUUGUGCAUGCCUUUCUGGACAAGAAGCGACCUUGAAGUAUCUGGGGCUGCCUUUCUUUCAUGGGCACGAGCGGCAGAAAUCGCUAUGAUGCCUAGUGUAGCUUUGCUCGCAGAAGAAAUGGCAAACCAGAAACGAUAUGUAGUGGACUACAAAGACAACCCAACAGCACGGCAAGCUCGCAACGAUUUCAUCUAUGGGAGAUUGGAUGCCGAUACCGCUACGAUGUUCGAGGAUUUCAAUCAGAAGUUGGCAGCACAUGUGCAUUUGCUUGAGAACCUUCACUUCCUGGCCCUUCUGUUCCUAAAGAUUUUUGUUGGCAGAUGCCUACAGCUUUGGAUCCAAGCAUCUUUCUUGGCCAUGGCAUUUCAUUCAGAGGGUGCUGGAGCAAAAGACAAGGUUGUUGUUGCGUGCCUUUUGAGUUCACUCAUUCUGCUCCAUCGUGCAGCCCAUGGCAUGAAGACCCUGGGCUGCACAGGCCUUCCUGUUUUGGUAUUAAUCAUUGGCUGGGUGGUUUGGUCGGGGGCCAAAGCGCUUGCCUUUACCUUGUGGAAGAAGUCCCAAUUCAAAGACUCCAUCAAACUCUUCCACGAGAUCGAGGAUCUCAUCGGGUCCAGCGCAGCGCUUUGUGAAAACAUGGGGCAUACAUAUAGCUCCAUGGGAAACUAUGAUGAGGCUGCGAAGUAUUUCCAACGUGCUCUCCGUUGUUUGGACGAAGAAGAGAAGUUGGGCAAGAAGACGGGCGACAGAGCAGGAAUUCUCUUAGGACUUGGCUUGAUCGAAGAUCGCUUGGGCCGAUUUGAAGAGGCACUUGCUUCCGUUCGUGAAUCUCAGGAUCUUUUUCGACAGCGAGCCAACGGCAAGCCGUCUUCCUUGGUGGCAAAAGCUGGAAUGUCCAUCGCUAAGAUCCUUCUCAAACUGGCCUUGCAGGAAACUGACUCUUCAAAGAAGCAGCAGAUGGAG